AAAAAUUGAAGAAUCUUCAAAAUAAUUUUAUUAAUUUUAAUUCUAAAGAAGAAUUCACCACUUUUAAUAAAUAAUAUGGGUCAAGGUGAUCAAGAUGAAGAGAAUGCAUUCGACGUUGAAGAGGUGCAGAAGAUCGUCAGGGACAACAUAGAGCUGUGUCUCGGCGGCAACAUUUACAGCCACUCGCGGUCUCCGCAGUGGAUAUCCAACAUCACAGAGAAGACUAUCACGCGGCUCAACAAGUUGAACAAGCCGUUUAAAUAUAUUUUGCGAGUUACGAUAACGCAGAAGAACGGUUCGGGUCUUCAUACGGCCGCAACAUAUUUCUGGGACACAAACACAGAUGGUACUUGCACAGUACGUUGGGAGAACAAGUACAUGUACUGCAUUGUCAAUGUAUGGGCUUUAGCACUACAGCUCUAA